UGGUAGUUUGACUCUUAUCUCUCUCUCUCUCUCUCUCUCUCUCUCUCAUUCCGACUCUCUCCCCCGCUCUGAGCUUCAAAAUCAGGAACACAAUGCUAAGGGCUUCGCAUCUUCCGCCAUCGGCAACUCCAGCUAUUUCUGUACUCAGAUUCUCCCUAAUUUCCUCUACCAAUAACUUUUUUCCACCUUCAAACCUUCACAAAAUCUCCCCAUAUUCUUCACCAUCUCUCACUUUUCUCCCCAAAACCCUUGAACCAUCUCUACCUCGUCCCUCCCCUUUCGGCUUCAAGCGCCUAAUUCCCAUGGCGUCUCCCAAUGCAUCAGCUUCGCUUAGUGCUGAAAGUGGCUCUGGUGGUGGAAGGGAAAUACUGGUGCAGCAUCUACUUGUUAAAGAAGACGACGUUAAGCUUCUUUUAGAUCUUCAGCAGAGAAUUUCAGGGGGCGAGGACCUGAGUGAUCUUGCUGUUGAAUAUUCACUUUGCCCGUCGAAAGAAGAAGGUGGAAUGCUUGGGUGGGUGAGGAAGGGACAAAUGGUGCCUGAGUUUGAGGAGGCUGCAUUUAGUGCACCUUUGAACAAGGUUGUUAGAUGUAAAACUAAAUUUGGAUGGCAUUUGUUGCAAGUCCUUUCGGAGAGGGAAGAAUCAUUACUAAAAGACAUUCAACCUGAAGGGCUUCAUGCUAGAAUACAAGAUCCCAGUUUCAUAGACGAGGCUCAGUUGAUUGAUCACCGAGAACCUGAUGAAGUGGUUCAAGCUUCUUUGCCAGGUUUUGAGGUUCUUCCCCUUCGACAAUUUGGAACCUGGGGACCUUAGAUAUCUACUAAGUUUGACCCUCAGAAGGAUACUUAUGUUCUGUGUCACCAUGGUAUGCGGUCAUUACAGGUUGCCAAGUGGUUGCAGACGCAGGGAUUUAGGAAAGUAUACAACGUAGCUGGAGGAAUUCAUGCAUAUGCUCUAAAGGCUGAUCAGUCAAUUCCAACGUACUGAUAUCUC